AUGUUUCGUCACACGCUAACACCGGCCACGCGUCAGACCCACAAAACAGAGAAAAAGGAUACUGAAACUCAAUAUCAGAGGAUUGAGUCUAACCAAGAUGGAAUAACGGAGUUCAUCUCGAAGAACCUUUUCGUAGGCAAAGCUCUCUCGAUUUUAGCAUGCUGUCAAUUGAUGUCAGCGUCGACGAUUGCCAUCACCGAAAUAAGCCCCGCCGUACAGCAGUUCGUCUAUGAGAACCCUUGGAUCGGCUGGUUGUGUUUGUUGGUGUCAACUAAGAUUACGAUCUUUCUUGAUGUGUUCCCGCCGUUACGCUCAAAGAUCCCAUACAACUUGGGGUUGCUUGCCAUUCUAACGCUUACCCAGUCCGCGAUCAUGGCAACAAUCGCUACCAGUCUCGAUUCUCCGGCGAUGCUAAUCAUGAUGACGAUCGUAUGCAUCUCCACUGGAACCGUAGCGAUUAUUGCUCUCUAUGCGAUUUUUGAUAUGACACCAUUUAUCAGCCAUAUGGCUGUCGCCGUAUAUGUUUUAUGUUGCGUCCAGUUUGGCAUGCUUGUCGUUUGUCCGCACUUUUGCCCAUAUAUACCGGUUUACGACCGAGUAGUUGGUGGAUUCAUGGCACUCGCCUACUCGGCGUACAACGCUGGUGUUGUGCAGAUAAUAGCCGAUCGGAUAGACUAUUAUGGCGGAGAUGUGGAGGACUACGCGAGCAGCGUCCUUAUGUUGCACCUAGAUGUUAUCAAUUUUGCUGUCAAUAUACUCAAGAUGGUUGUCGGCACAGCAGCGCGAAAAGACCAGCGGCGGUGA